GGACUCCUUUCAACCCAGCCUCGACACGCAACCGGUCAGGAAAAUGCGGCAGACUCUCCAACAGCUUGAUCUAGACGGUCGGCAGGGCCACGAUGCCAUCUUCGAGGCUUCCUAUCUGGAGGAUAUCCCCACCGCUUUGGCCGAAUGGGGAGCAUCUCGCAUCCUUCUGGUCGUGAGCACGACCCUCGACACGACGACAUCCCUAAUUAAAGACUUGGAGGCUCGCCUGUCGCAUUGCUCGCUACAGAAGAAAACGGGCGUGGGCAGCCACUCCCCAUACCGGGAUAUCAUCGACAUUGCACACACCGUCCAGAAUCAUGACAUCCAGGCCGUCGUCUCCAUCGGAUCAGGAUCGUAUUCCGACGCGUGCAAGAUCGCUGUCAUGCUCAGUGCCACGCUACCCGCUGGCUUCGGGGAGGACGAUAUGGAGGCCCUGAUCGAUCAGGCCCACGGCCUCGCUGGCCCCGACGGGAUCCACGCACCCACCACCAAGCUGAUCUGCGUGCCAACCAGUCUCAGUGCCGGUGAGUGGAACAUGUUUGCCAGUGCCACGAAUUCCCACGGGAAAAAGCAGCACUUCGUACACCGCGAGGGAUCGCCCUCAUUGAUCUUGAUGGAUCCCCGAGUCGCCAGUACCAUGCCAUCUCACCUGUGGCUGGCCUCAGGGGUACGUGCUGUGGAUCACUUUGUGGAGACGCUGUGCAAUCCCCAGUGCCACGAGGAAGCAGCCGCACAUGUCAAGAAAGGACUCCCGGUCUUGCUCCGGGGCCUGAAGGAUUACCAUAUGGGCCGGGAAGAGCAUAACGAGGAAGAAUUGCUGAAAGGAAUCUCCGAGUGCCAGCGAGGCUCCCGAGAUGCCCUCAUCCCGUUCAUCAAAUGGAAGAUCACCAUGGGGCCGAGCCAUGCGAUCGGCCAUCAACUUGGAAGUGUCGCUGGUGUGCAGCAUGGCGUGACGAGCUGUAUCAUCCUACCGGCCACGCUGCGAGUCACCCAGCCUCGGACCCAAGCUGCCCAGGAUGUGAUUCUUGGCAUCUUCAACGAGGUGCUCGGAUUCCAGGAAACAACAGCCGCUGACGCCAUGCUACGAUUUGUCCAGCUAUUGGGUCUGCCAUCGCGACUGUCCGAGGUUAACGUGACCAGUGACGAACAGUUGCACAAGAUCGCUGACAUGGCUAUGACUGACGUCUUGGCCAAGCACACGGGCCUUAUUCCAGACAAAGAUGGUGUUCUUCGGAUUCUUGAACUGGCACGGUGAGGUAGUAUUCUUUGGCCGGUCCCUGCAUUGUAGCGACGGUAUUGACCAGAAGGAUUGAGUCUUUCUUCCACAUUGUGACCUCGUUCCGUUCAUGAGUUGGCUCCUGCUCGUUUAUUUAUUUCCUGGCCGUGGCUCCUCGUUUUCCUCCGGGUUAUCCUUGACGAGUGUUGCUGUUGAGACACUGGCCAUUCAAUAGGAAUCAUAA